AUGUACGUCGACAGUAGUACAGCAGCUGCAGGUGCCUGCAACUUUGAUCCCAAUACUGACACUAACCCCAUGUCAGAGUCAGCCCCAGAAGUUGUCCUCCACCACCAGAACAACCCCACCACCUUUGCUUCCACUCAUGACGAAAACUUGAGGAGCCUCUCCAUGGAAGAAGAGCUCUCUAACUACCACCACAACCACAACGCCGCCAUGGAAAUCGAGCAGCAGCUUCAGACUGAAAUGGGUUUCGGCACCAUGGACCAAAACACUAACAACACCAACCCUCAUUUGAUCAAUCCCUUUGACACCCACCAAGCCACAAACUGGGACAACAACGAUGAAAUGCAACAGCAACAACAAUUGCCACCAGUAGCCCCAACACCUGACCUACUCAGCCUUUUCCACUUGCCCAACUCUUCUGUGCUCCCACACUCCUCCAUUACCUUCACCAACCCCAAGACCCCGGGAGGCUGUUUCCCGGGGUCUUUCGGGUACGAGACUCUGCCCGAGACCCCGUCUGGGGCAGUGGCCUCUAAUUCGGUCAUGUAUGACCCAAUGUUCCACCUGAACCAGCUUCCUCCGCAGCCUCAGCCGCCGCUGUUCAGGGAGCUGCUGCAGUCACUGCCACAUGGGUACAAGAGAAACGGGUCGAGUUUGUUUAGCAAUGGUGGGGAUGAGGUAGACGAUGGGAGCAGGCAGUUGUUUGAGAAUGGGGUGUUGGAGUUUUCUAAGGAGAUGAAGCCAUUUGGAAGAGGAAGAGGUGGGAAUAAAGGGACCAAGCACUUUGCUACUGAGCGCCAAAGGAGAGUCCAGCUCAAUGACAAGUUUUCUGCUUUGAGGGAAUUGGUUCCAAACCCAACCAAGCCUGAUCGAGCAUCUGUAGUGGGAGAUGCCAUUGAUUACAUACAGGAGCUCAAAAGGACUGUGAGUGAGCUGAAGCUGCUGGUGGAGAAGAAAAGGUGUGGGAGAGAGAGGAGCAAGAGGCACAAGACUGAGCAGGACAUAGGUGCCAGAGACGACGAUGAGAGCUGUAACAUGAAGCCUCUUGGUGACCCUGAUCAUGACCACUCCUACAACAAUGGGUCUCUGAGGAGCUCAUGGCUUCAAAGGAAGUCCAAAGACACUGAGGUAGACGUCCGAAUCAUUGAUGAUGAAGUCACCAUCAAACUGGUCCAGAGGAAGAAGAUCAAUCUGUUGCUAUCUGUGUCCAAGCUUCUUGAUGAGUUGCAGCUUGAACUUCAUCAUGCUGCUGGGGGACACAUUGGGAAUUCAUACAGCUUCUUGUUCAACACCAAGAUGUAUGAAGGGUCUUCUUUGUAUGCAAGUGCUAUUGCCAACAAGCUCAUUGAUACUGUGGAUAGACAAUAUGCAGCAGCAAUUCCACCUACCAAUAGUUAUUAG